CGUCAGUGCGCCCGCGCGCGCCGGGGGAGGAGUGGGACCCCGCUGGUCGGGAAGGGCUGAGGCUCCGGUAACUCGGGCUGGGCGGGGGAGAGGAAAGGGCGGGGCUGGGAGCCCCCCAGAGUGCGGGGUCGUGGCCUGGACCCGGCGCGGGAGCCCUAGACACGAUCAGCGUCGCUUCUUCGGCCAGCCGGCCCCGCCCGGUCCAACGAUGGAGUUUCCGGACCUCGGGGCUCACUGUUCCGAGCCGAGCUGUCAGCGCUUGGAUUUUCUGCCGCUGAAGUGCGACGCCUGCUCGGGCAUCUUCUGCGCAGACCAUGUGGCCUACGCCCAGCAUCACUGUGGGUCUGCUUAUCAAAAGGAUAUCCAGGUACCUGUAUGCCCACUCUGUAAUGUGCCUGUACCUGUGGCCAGAGGGGAGCCCCCUGACCGUGCUGUGGGGGAGCAUAUUGACCGAGACUGUCGCUCAGAUCCAGCACAGCAAAAACGUAAGAUCUUCACCAAUAAGUGUGAACGCUCUGGCUGCCGGCAGCGAGAAAUGAUGAAACUGACCUGUGAACGCUGUGGCCGAAACUUCUGCAUCAAGCACCGUCACCCACUGGACCAUGAUUGCUCUGGGGAGGGUCACCCAACCAGCCGGGCAGGACUUGCUGCCAUCUCCAGAGCACAAGCUUCUUCUACAAGCACCAUCCCCAGCCCGAGUCGGACAUUGCCUUCAUCUACCUCUCCCAGCAGAGCCACAACCCAGUCUCCAUCCCGGACAGCCCCUCCGGUGAUUGCUCUGCAGAAUGGCUUGAGUGAGGAUGAGGCUCUGCAACGAGCCCUAGAACUGUCCCUGGCAGAGACCAAACCCCAGGUCCCAAGUUCUCAGGAGGAAGAAGACUUAGCUUUAGCACAAGCACUAUCAGCAAGUGAGGCAGAAUACCAACGGCAGCAGGCGCAAAGUCGCACCUUGAAGCCGUCCAACUGCAGCCUGUGCUAGGGCCUUGGGCUUGGGGAGGGAGGCUCGGCUGAGGAGGACUGUGGCCCUCACACCUCUAGGGUACAGAGGGAGAGGAGGCUGGGAGCAGCCUGGAAGACUGAGGAGAAGAAGAAACGGAGGCCCCCUCCAGGGAGCAUCAGGAGGAACAGCUGUGGAGCCCAGCCCACAGAAGGCCCCACUGGCCUCUCCAGCUGCAUAGGAGAGAGCGGCUAGAACCAUCCGGCGGCUGGGCCUCGGGGGAUGCCGGCCAGGCCCCGUUCAGCUCCCUACAUCAUGUAAUCCCCUUACACUGGGGCUGCUUCAUGCCGAGGGGACAAGGAGGGGCCUGCAAAGAAUAAAGGAUCUUGGCAGUCAAUAAGACCUCCAA